AUGUGCUCUUCCUCAACCUAUCCCACAGAGGCUGGAACCGCAAUCUCGACAUUGCAUGCCAAUGACCCUGGGACAACUGCAGACACCAUCAUCAAUGCCCUAGAGAGAGACGGUGCCUUGAUCGUCAAAGGCAUAGCCUCCAAAAGCCUAUGCGAACAGAUUCGAAGUGACCUAAAACCGCUCUUUGACUCAGACGUCAAAGAUGAUUCAGGCUUCUUCCCCCCCACCACGAAGCGCGCAACCGGGUUCUUUGCUACCUCAGACGCAUGUGUCGAACUAGCCAUCAACCCCUUGUUCCAAUCUGUUGCCGAGAAUGUCCUGGGUAGUAAGUACACAUACUGGGAAGGUCAAGAGCAGUUGACCGUUUUUGGAAAGCCCUACAUUGCUAGCGCUGUUGGGUUCCGCGUUGAGCCUGGUGGAAAACAACAGGCUCUUCAUAGAGAUGAUUCGGAUUAUCACCCUAGGAACUGCGACGUGCCCGUGAUGCUCGGUUGCGUGACGGCUUUGACCAAGACGACUAAAGAGAAUGGCGCGACUAUUGUGAUCCCAAAGAGUCAUCUCUGGGGCCCUGAUAGAUGCCCAUUAGAUGAAGAGGCUGUCCCCGGAGAGCUAGAAAUCGGCGAUGCUAUGCUCUUCCUGGGCAACGUGUAUCAUGCAGGCGGAGCCAACACGACCAAGCAUGAUGCCCGAGAAACAAUUGGCAUGUUCAUGUGUAAGGGAACAUUGAGACAGGAAGAAAACCAGUACCUGAGCAUACCCCCAAAGGUUGCAAAAGCUCGGAACUUCCCCCCCAAGAUGCUCAGAUUGUUGGGGUAUGGUAUGUGUCCACCGGCUUUGGGCUACUACAAGUAUCGGGAUCCGAUGAAAGUCAUCUUCGGGAUUGAGGAUGAAGAAACUAUCAAGAAGUAA